UGGCGUGCAACAGGAGAAGAACGAUGAUCUCGUUGCUUUACGGAUGCAAGUUGUUGAGUUGAGCGGAUUCCGGAAGGCGCUGGAUGAAAAGAACGCUGAAUUGAUUAGCCUGAAGGCUGAAAACUGUCACAUCCACAAUGAAUUCAAGGAUUUGCGAAAUGAGGUUUUACACCUUCGUAACAAAGGCAAGCGGGGUAGCGUGGCGGUCACUGAGAGGAGCCCACCUGAUGAGCCUUCGCGUGGCAAGGUAAAAACAAGCGAAGCCAUGUACACCCCGAAGGAUCUUGAAGGGUUGCAUAAGGCGUAUAAGGAGGCUCUGGUGCAGAAGGAGUUGGCCCUACGCGAAGCUGAGAUGUUGAAGGAGCGUAUUGUCAGGAUGGGGGCUUCUAGGUAUCGACUGUCUGCUCGAAAAUCCGUUUUCAGGAAGACGACUCCGAGAAGUUUGAAAACAACGUUGAAUGCUGUGGAGAUCAAAUCUGACGGUGAGAAGGAUGUGCAGGAUGAUGGCGAGGCCAAGGCGAAAGGUCGCACUACUGGUGGCGUAGCCCAUGAUAUGGAGGAAGAGAUGCUCAAGAGAUUCAAGGAGAGGAGAAUGAAGGAAGUCCGCGGGGGGAAGAAGGCUGAUCUCGAAAAAAUGUGUGUGGAGGAGGAGAUUACGUAUAUCAAGUUGAUCAGGCAAAGACUGAUAUCGUCGAGAUCCGUGCGCGACGAGACUAUGAUGAAUGGCUGAAGACGAAGGAGAUUCCUGAUGAUGACGAUCAGAAUCACGGUUAUGCUACUUCUAC